AUGGGUCAAGACAGCCAAACCGAUCCAGGACCUCCGCUUCUGUUUGUCAACAGAGAUGCGACGAACCUCAGCCGCACCCGAGCAGAAGCAUUCGCCGUGGGCUCCCACACAUCGAGUGUCUACAGAAAGUGGGCAAAGUCAGAAAGACUGAGGAAUCUUCGACGAGAGGCCCGUGUUCUGCAGUCUGCCAAAGUCCGUCUAGACCCAUUUCCUCAUGGCCCUGAACAAUCACCCGUCGAAAAAGGCUAUGAAGUUGAAGACGCUGAAAGUCCCCGGACCGUUAUAGCGCUUUUGAAGGCCGCUGUUGUCCAGGUCAAACAAUUCAGUAUUCCUGCAAAGCUAUCGAUCGAUGGCCAGCGGCAUCCACCGAAUUUCUAUCGGGCUAUGGAAUACUUCAUACGAGUCCUUGUCCCAAACAACCUUCCAGUCUACAACAUCUUCCAAGUCAGCAAUGUCAACUGCCUGUACUUUCUCGAAAUCGUUGCAAGCUCCUCAGCUCAAUAUCUAUACCAUGCUGCAUUUGCCUUGUUGCAUUUGGUGGUGGGAAACGUGAUUCCACAGACCAAUUCCUCUCAAAAUGCGCUUCAGCACACGGUGGCCGCAAUAGUACUGUUGCGGAAACUCCUAUCCGAGCACCCCGACCAGAACGACGAUGCUACAUUUGUAGCCAUCGUCUGCCUAGCAUCCUAUGCACGUGCCGUAGGUGACUAUGCAGGAUACCAGAUCCACCGACAGAGAAUCAUAGAAAUGAUGAAGACUCGCGGCGGUCUUCAAAAUACCGGCUCUCAAGGCUUCGUCAAAGCACUGACCCUGCAAUUCGCUCCUCCCUGCUCUAUCCCCCUCUCAUUAUGUUUCUACCCCUGCCCGCUCUCCGACCCGACGACGAGUACGACCACUGUUGCCGCCCUCGCAGCAGCCGCCGCUACCGCCGACCCUUUCUUCUACAACACUCGACAGUUUCUACCCGAGGCACCACCUCUUACUAGCCCCGGUCAAUUCCAGGCCAAUCUCAGUAUCGAUCUCCAGAGAUUGCCGCGUGGGUUUCAGAAUCUGAUUGUUCAGACACGAUUAUACUCCAACACGAUCCAGCUCCUCCUCCGUAUCGACGACGCACGGACGGAACAAUCGUCACUGGCCCACAACAGCGAGCAGCACCAUGGCAAAAGGAAUAAAAAUAACAAUAACAAUAAUGACAACACCACCGGCAGAGUUUGGCAGGUUGGCCGAUACAGCGACUUUUGGGAAUGUUGUCCGGCAAUUUCCCGCGCCGGUCUGGACCUGGAGAAGUACCUCUGCCUCGCGCUCAUGCUGUACACGGCGAACGAGUUCGCUCCGCAGAGAGUCUGCCACAAGGGCCUGGCACUGUACAGUGGGCCGCGUGCGCUGAUGGCGGGGGAAAUCGUGCUACUGGACCGCCAGACCCUCACGGAAUCUCAGAGACACUGCUGGAUGUGGAUCUGGUGGGUUCUUAUCGAUAGUUGGAACGAGGAGGACAAGCCGACAGAGAAGGGGACGCAGCUGAUGGCUCAGUUCUGGGACGCUUUCCCCGAGGUGCAAUCGUGGGAUGACCUGCGAGAAAUCCUGGGACGCUUCUUCUGGGGUGGGAAGCUUGAAGCUGCUGUCAGACGACUUGAAGAGGAUGCCCACGCUACAGCAUCAGCGUCAGGUAACAUCCAGCAGCAAGGUUGUCGAGACCCGCCGUUACUAACACUUGAACAUGAUAAUGGAAGAAGCGGUACAUAUUGCGAGGGGAGAACUGGAGAAGGACUUGUCCGUUCGGCUAGGUGCCGGCAUAUUAAUGGUACGCACACUCGUGUUCGAGGUGGACAUCGACCGCUGUGA